UGAAGAGAGAAAACAGCUUUGUAUGUCCUUGUGGAUCUCUCUCUCUCCAGGCGCAUUCCAGAUACGUCUGUCUGGAGGUCCUAACCUUUGUGCAGGACGGGUGGAGGUUCUCUACAAAGGUGAAUGGGGGACAGUGUGUGAUGAUGACUGGGACCUGCGGGAUGUUACUGUUGUGUGCCGAGAACUAAACUGUGGGGAAGCCCUAUCAGCACCUCGUGGAGCCUGGUUUGGUGAAGGAGCUGGUUCCAUUUGGCUGAACGAGGUACACUGUGUGGGUACUGAGAGGCACCUGCUUUCCUGCCAUCACCUUGGCUUUCGCAAGCAUGUCUGUACCCAUGAGGAAGAUGCCAAUGCCAUCUGCUCAGAACAACGCUUCAAUCUUUUUACUGCCAUUCCUGCCCACACAACUUUCAAGAACGGCAAAAUGGAGCCAGUAACAACCACAAGACCACUUGUGUCACCUACACCUACUAAGCAAACCCGUGCCCUGAGACUUGUGGGUGGCAGAAGUCAGUGUUCUGGCCGGCUAGAGGUAUUUCAUGAGGGGCAGUGGGGGACAGUGUGUGAUGACAUGUGGGACCUUCUGGAUGUUGCCGUCAUAUGCCGGGAGCUGGACUGUGGGGAGGCUCUGGCAGCACCAGGUGGUGCUUUCUUUGGUGAGGGGAACAGUGUCAUCUGGCUAGAUGAUGUGCAGUGCCAAGGAGAAGAGUCAAAGUUGGCAGAUUGCCACACCAGUCCCUGGGGGACAAACAACUGCCGACACAGUGAAGACGCUGGGGCUGUGUGUUCAGGUGAGAUGCCCCUUGCCAUGAUUGAAGAGCAUACAGCCAUGCUUACAAGGUCCUUAGCGCCUCAGAGAUCCUGGUCUGUGGUACCAAAGCAAAUUCCACAUCCUAUUCAGCUUACAAGAAACCAGGAAGAAACUAUGACUAGUCAAGAACACACAGAGAAUAUUCCCAAAGGAGGUAUUUCAGAAAGUGGCCAGCAGAAGCUGCGGCUUGUAGAUGGCCCUGGAUCCUGUGCUGGACGGGUAGAGGUGUUGUACAAAGGCCAAUGGGGCACAGUGUGUGAUGAUGGCUGGGACUUGGUGGAUGCAGCUGUCGUGUGCCGUGAGUUGGGCUGUGGAGCCCCACUUCUCAGUCCUGGCAAUGCUCGGUAUGGACCAGGAUCUGGACCUAUCUGGUUGGAUGAUGUCAACUGCACUGGGAGAGAGUUUACUAUACAGCACUGUCGUUCUCAGCCUUGGGGGAAGCACAACUGCAACCAUCACGAAGAUGCUUCAGUCAUCUGCACAGGCAGGUGGAAACGUCUGUUGUUCCAAAAGCCAUCUGGUAAUUCAAAGGCAACUGAACCAAUCUCUACCACACAAGACCCAGGAUCUCCAAACAACCCAGAGCUGCAAAAUGUGAUGAAUGUCGCAGCAACCACCACAAACAUUCAGGAAUUUCUAGAUGAAUCAGAGAUAAAGUCUCUCAAUCAAUGGUACACCAAUGAUCCUUUCCUAACCACACAAAAUGUGAAAAUUGAACUCGAAAAGGAGACAAAGCCAAUAAAUCCUUCAGAUAUUGUUGAAGCAACACUUAUUCCAAAAAUAUCGCACCAUGUGCAGGAAAAAGAGUCAACCAACAUCCCUAAAGCAAGAUUGUCCAUGCACAAAUGGGAAAAAGAGUCCAUCUCUUCCUCAGAAAAAAUUCAGCCAACCUCUAUCACAUGGCACGCAGAAUCUAAAACAGAAAUGAAAUCAGCAACUCCUGGAUUCAUAGAUAAAACAAUAUACAGUUCAGAGAACCCACAACAUGUUCAGAAGGUGGAAUCAACCGUUUCUUCAAAGAUCAGGCCACCACUUCAAAAAUGGGGGGAGAUGCCCAUUUCCCCAUCCAUAGAAUUUAAACCAUUAUCCACGUGGGAUAUUGAAUCUGACAGAGAAAUUGAGUUAGAAAGGCCAUCAGGAGCAGAACCACCUCCAUUUGCACAAUCCUUUAACUCUGCUACUGAGGUGGUGCCUCCCAUCUAUUGGGAUAGCAGUGCUGAAAUGUCUCCAACCACAAAGAACACAGAAUACAAUAGUGUCUUCACUGAAAGUCAGUAUAUCACCACUGCCACAUGGGUCCAGGCACCUGAAAAAGUUAUGAAAGCAUCUGAUCAUGUGACAAAUGAAUUGUUCCAAUUCUCAAAGAGCUUGGAUGUUACAAAAGAGAUAGAACUACCAAUAAUCACACAAAAUCUACAACCUGAAAAGCACAUGGAAACGAUCACCCCCAAAGUCAUAGACUCUAAAGAGAAUUCAAAUCAAGAAAAACAGGAGAGAUCAAAUGCAGAUCUCCAUCCUGUGGAGCCCACAGAAUCUACCUUUAUUUCCAAAGAUGUUCUGAAUUCAAGUCAACUACACCCAGGUCCAGAAACAUACACAGUUUCUAUGAAUGGGCAAUUGGAGGACAGUUUAUUCUACUCAGAAGGCAAAGCAAGAAAAACAUGCCUGACCAAAACAUCAGAUCCAAAUGUCACAUCUGCCAAAUCUGUCACCUACUCUGAACACUGUGAAUCAUCCCCAGACUGUCUUGUAAAGCAAGAACAAAGGAAAGAAGAUCAAAGAUGUUGCUGUUCAACACCUUCCCUGGGGAACUUGGUCCAUGCAAUGAAAGGUCUCCAUGGGGAACUAGGUUCCCUCUCUUUUGCCAUUAAGAACCAAGGUUCCCAACUGGAGGCUGUAGCUCUCAGUCUGGCUGAGUUGGCAGCUUCUGUACGUCAACUGGUUGGAAUAUUACCUUCUCUGGUACAACCAGUCUCAUCCCAGUCCUUCUCAGCUCCAUCUGGGCAAGAUGAAAGUCAACUGCAAAAUCAGCUACCUUUAAAGUGAAAAUUGUAUGGAUUUUUAUAAUGCAAGAUAUUGAUUCUCAAGCCAGCAAAAUACAGGAGAGACAAAAAGGGUAUCUAGUCAAACUCUGCCAUGAGAUGGGUAAGAUCAACAUGUACAAAUUUGAAAUUAUUAAGCUUGUCAUAAUCAGAAAUUGUAGCAAUUCCCAUGUCAGAAACACAGAAUUAAAUGGAAAUAUUAGAUUGCACUAAGAUAAGUUGUCAGAUGAAUUUUUCAGUAAUUUACUGAGUGGUCCAUUUAUUAUACGAUUGGCUCAUUAAAACUGGAUUUUAAAUGGCAUAGUCAUAUAUAACUUGAAGCUGCAUACUCCCCAUUCAUUUCCUAUGUAGAUUGGCAAUUAUUCUCUGUAUAAAGUAUCUCUACCUUGUGUGAUUUAAUUUUUGUGCUUUUUGCAAACAUCCAGAGUGGGCAGGAUGAGAACAGUCAAGAGCCAAGAACAGAAUUAUUCCCAGUGGUAAUAUAUCUGCUUUUUUGGUCCAACAAUAAUCUACAAGUAGUUCUUGGGUGGUAGAUAGUUCCAGAUGGCAUGGCUAAGCCAUUUAUGUUAUUACUAGUAAUAUUUCAUUUGGAUUCUAUUUGUAACACAAUUGAAGAGCAAUGCUUUAUUUCUGCUCUUUUUUACAGUAAUUUUCUUAAAGAUUACAAUUUACAACAAUAAAAACUAAUACAAACUAAGAAAAAAGAAAAA